AGGCAUGAAAGUGGAGUAGCUAGUGGACCUUCCGAUGGGGGUACCGUUUUGACAGAUAACAGGCGUAUAGGUAGGGGUUGGUGUAUGCACAACUGGCUUUCUUAUUAAUUGCCAUAUCAUACAUAAUAAUACUGUAAUUUGAUAUUUGCACAACUGUAUGUAUACUGUAUACAUACACACACUAUAAUAUAUGUAUGUAUAUAGAAUGUAUUUUUGUAUUGGUUUCACCUUUGCAGAAAAUGACAGAGAUGGUGGGGGAAGGAACCUGCAAUUACAGCAACGCUGGUUGCGCUGCUGCACCUCCGUCGCGCCCACAACCACAGAUUCUGCAUACAAAUGGAAUUUUGCUUUUCCACCUCGAAAGCCGAGGCACUACCCUUACAAAUCAAAAGAAAUGGAGGAUUUUGGGGGGCUGGCACCUGUAGUUCGAAAACCAACGGUUUUGGGCGACAGAUCUGGAAGCUCUUUGGUGAAAAAGGGAUCAAAAAGUUUAAGCCUGGAGUUGCAUUUUCUGUUCUCAGUCGUGAUAUUAACAAGGAAAUGGUUGAAAAUGUAUCAUCUUUAACCCUGGAAGAAAAUGCAAUUACUGAUCCAAAAACUGUUGCCUGUGUAAUUUUGGGAGGAGGUGCAGGGACGCGCCUCUUCCCCCUGACCAGCAGAAGAGCCAAGCCAGCUGUUCCUAUUGGGGGUUGUUAUCGGCUGAUUGAUGUACCUAUGAGCAACUGCAUCAAUAGUGGAAUAAGGAAAAUUUUCAUAUUAACUCAGUUCAAUUCUUUCUCCCUCAACCGGCAUCUUGCUCGGACUUACAGUUUUGGGAAUGGUGUCAGUUUUGGGGAUGGAUUUGUGGAGGUUCUGGCUGCCACUCAGACACCAGGAGAGACAGGGAAGAGAUGGUUCCAGGGAACAGCUGAUGCAGUCCGGCAAUUUAUAUGGGUUUUUGAGGAUGCCAAAAACAAAAAUGUUGAGCACAUCAUAAUUUUGUCUGGCGACCAUCUUUACCGUAUGGACUACAUGAAUUUUGUUCAGAAACAUUUAGAAACAAACGCUGAUAUCACAGUUUCAUGCAUACCCAUGGAUGAUAGUCGAGCAUCGGAUUAUGGGUUGAUGAAAAUCGACAAAGAAGGGCGCGUUGUUCAGUUUGCCGAGAAGCCUACAGGCUCUGCACUGAGGGAAAUGCAAGUUGACACUUCUGUUCUGGGUUUACCUUAUGAAGAGGCAUCAAGGUUACCGUACAUUGCGUCCAUGGGCAUAUAUGUGUUCAAAACCGACGUCUUACUAAACCUUCUAAGAUCAAAGUACCCUUUGAGCAAUGACUUUGGCGCUGAGAUUAUUCCUUCAGCUGUAAAGGAUCACAAUGUUCAGGCAUAUCUAUUUAGUGACUACUGGGAGGACAUUGGAACCAUAAAGUCUUUUUUCGACGCCAAUUUAGCCCUCACAGAGCAGCCUCUGAGGUUUGAUUUGAAUGAUCCCAAAAACCCUUUCUAUACAUCUCCAAGAUUCUUGCCACCUACUAAAGUUGAAAAAUGCAGGAUAGUGGAUGCAAUAAUUUCACAUGGCUGUUUCUUGAGUGAAUGUAGCAUUGAGCACUCUAUCGUCGGCAUAAGGUCCCGCUUGGAUUUUGGUGUCGAGCUCAAGGACACUAUGAUGAUGGGUGCGGAUUAUUACCAAACACAAUCCGAAAUUGCAUCUCAUCUAGCCAAGGGAAAGGUUCCCAUUGGCAUUGGCCGCGACACCAAAAUACGUAACUGUAUCAUUGACAAGAAUGCGAAGAUAGGAAGGGAUGUAGUGAUUGUGAACAAAGAUGGAGUUGAAGAAGCUGACAGGUCAGCAGAAGGAUUUUAUAUAAGAUCAGGAAUUACAGUCAUACUCAAGAACUCUACUAUCAAAGAUGGAACUGUCAUAUAAAAGAAAUCAGGUGUAGAAUCUUUUUAGACAAGGUAAGUGUUACAACACUUCUCUUCCGUAUGUCUAAAUUAUCAUCAUUAUUUAUGUCAACAAAGUGUUUACUUUCUUCCUUAA